AUGGCACAUAUCCACAAGCAUCGCGCCCGAGAGCCUUUAUCGCUGCGUGUAGUCAAGGACUUUCCCGUUCAUGGUACAGGAGAUCGACAGCCUCUACGUGGCGUGAUCACUCUAAUGCAGAAAGACAUUGCGCCGAUGCUGCAAGUUUUCAUGGCGGAGACAGGCCUUCAUUUCCACGACUUUAUGCCAGGUACUCCCCAGACAUCAGCGACCGACUCAGCCCCAGUGCUGGAUUUCGAAGAUGGAAUGAUGCAGCCGCAUGGGGAAGAUGCUGGAUGGCGAGCGAGGAUAUCGUCGAUCAUUCAACAGGUGCGAGGCCGAUCUCCAAAAGAGCGUGACUGA